CGAAGGCGACGGCGGUCGUCUGUAUUUCGGUUCUAAUCUCUCCAGGAAAAAAAAAAAAAAAAAAAAAAGCGAAAUUACUUGGAACAGACAGCAAAUUUGACGCACUUUCAUGUCGUGAUUUUUCUCAGCUUCUUCUCGGUCGAGCUUGUGCCAGGGCUCUGGAAUGACGGGGUGUGCCGAGAAUUUGAAUUAGCUCGCCGUUAGUUUGAAGAAAGAGUGAGUCGGGGUAGAGUGAGAGAGAGGAGCCAUUUUGUCCCGACUGUGUGGGAGAAAAGAAAGAGUGGAAAAGAGGAAUCACACAGGAGGAGAUCCUAUUUUUGCUCUCAUGUUGUAAGGGGGGGAACCACAGUCGGGUUUGGGAAUCUAGAACUUCUUGGACGAUUCUACGGGCACAUUAUUUUGGGUGGUGUUUAGCCAACUAGCUUGCCAGAGCUAAUCAACAAAUCCACAGUUUGUUAACUGUUAACAGUCAAGAGGACAGUUGUUGGUCAGGGUGGCCAAGGAGCUGGCUUUAGACUUCACACAGGCGUACUGUAGGGUAUCGGUUUUUGUAUCUGUCGGGGUGAACACAAACUGGUUCUUCAAUGGCGAAGAAGACGUACGACUUGCUGUUCAAGCUGCUUCUGAUCGGCGACUCGGGCGUGGGGAAGACCUGUGUGCUGUUCCGCUUCUCUGACGACGCCUUCAACACAACCUUUAUCUCCACCAUAGGAAUAGACUUCAAGAUCAAAACUGUUGAAUUACAAGGAAAGAAGAUCAAACUACAGAUCUGGGACACAGCAGGGCAGGAACGGUUCCACACCAUCACCACCUCUUACUACAGAGGAGCCAUGGGCAUCAUGCUGGUCUAUGACAUCACCAACGCCAAGAGCUUCGAAAACAUCAGCAAAUGGCUGCGCAACAUUGAUGAGCAUGCAAAUGAGGACGUUGAGAGAAUGCUGCUAGGCAACAAGUGUGACAUGGAGGACAAGAGGGUCGUACCAAAAGCCAAGGGAGAGCAGAUUGCGAGGGAGCACGGCAUUAGGUUUUUUGAGACAAGCGCUAAGGCCAACAUCAACAUCGAGAAGGCUUUCCUCACGUUAGCAGAAGACAUCCUCAAAAAGACACCUGUAAAAGAGCCCAACAGUGAAAACGUCGACAUCAGCAGCGGAGGAGGAGUCACAGGCUGGAAGAGCAAGUGCUGCAGUUGAACAACUCCUCUGUUUCAGUCACACUAAUGCACACAAACACACACACACUCAGACACACACAAUUUCUCUCUCUAAAACUGCUAACUCUAACUCGCCCUCUAACCUGUCUCAUGAGUUUUCUUGCACACUGACACUGUCUCUUUAUCAGAAUAAAAACAGUAAACCACUUCACACGUCUAAUCCCUUCGUUCCCCCUUCUGCAUCCAACCAUGCUCCUCCACUCUGCAUCUGAUGAUCAUUUUUAUUUCUGAUAAAAAGAGAAAUCCA